UGAAUGUUGGUUGAAUUGUAUUUUUCGUGCAUUGGUGUACUGCGAUUAAAGUGAGUCAAAAGCAUUUUAAGGUUUUAGUCAUAUUAAUUCGAAGUUUUUAUUUAGGUCUUUUGAAAAGUGCUAAAAUUAAAAAGAAUAAUAUUUAUUUUUAUUUACCUUUGGUGCGUUUGCUUUGGUUGUAGAUAAAUUAUUAUUUUUGUCUCUCAAUCUAUCCUUCUGCUGUCUUAUGCUAUGAUUUGGUAAUGCAACGUGAAAAUUGUGACAGUUUUCGUUUUAAAUUAAGUCACCCGAGAUAAGUGUCUGUAACGUCGUUUAGCAGCCAGAAUGCCGAAGAAUAAGGGAAAGGGAGGUAAAAAUCGUCGUCGAGGAAAGAACGAAAAUGAGACGGAAAAGCGUGAGUUGGUGUUUAAAGAAGAUGGACAAGAGUACGCUCAGGUGACGAAGAUGCUGGGCAAUGGUCGGCUGGAGGCCAUGUGCUUUGACGGAGUCAAGCGGUUGUGUCACAUUCGAGGGAAGCUCCGAAAGAAGGUGUGGAUCAACCAAGGAGACAUAAUCCUCAUCGGGCUGAGAGACUACCAGGACGCCAAGGCGGACGUCAUAUUGAAGUACACGACCGACGAAGCAAGGAACUUGAAAACAUACGGGGAGUUUCCGGAGACAGUGCGCAUCAACGAGUACGUGUUCGUGGGAGAAGAAGGAAUGGACGACGACAUCGAGUUUGGUGACGAAGCCAGUGACGAAGAAGGGGACCCGGUCGAUAAUAUCUGAUGAGGGUCGGGCGGAGGGGUGCACACUGCUCAGACGGACAUUGCGAUGGUGGGCGUGAGGUGACUGUGGCUCAGGCAGUGUGUACCGAAAAUAAAUCAUGCACAUUUUGAAUCAA